CGGGCACCGCGAAAGGAGGAGGUGCAGUCGGGGACUGCAGGCAGCGGGAGCGACGACAGCCCGGUCUAGAGACUGGAGAAGUCAAUCAGAAUCAACAUGUCUGGGACUGAGGAAGCAUUGCUUGGAGGCCGUGACAGCUAUUCUUCUGCUGGUAGCAGCUCUGUAUUAUGCUUUGGACAGUACCGAUACACAGCAGAGGAGUACCAGGCCAUCCAGAGUGCUCUGAGGCAGAGGCUGGGCCCAGAAUACAUAAGUAGCCGCAUGGCUGGAGGAGGCCAGAAGGUGUGUUACAUUGAGGGUCACCGGGUAAUUAAUCUGGCCAAUGAGAUGUUUGGUUACAAUGGUUGGGCCCACUCCAUCACACAGCAGAAUGUCGAUUUUGUUGAUCUUAACAACGGCAAGUUCUACGUGGGAGUCUGUGCAUUUGUGAGAGUCCAGUUGAAGGACGGUUCCUAUCAUGAAGAUGUGGGCUAUGGUGUCAGUGAGGGCCUCAAGUCAAAAGCCCUGUCUUUGGAGAAGGCCAGGAAGGAGGCAGUGACAGACGGGCUGAAGCGGGCACUGAGAAGCUUUGGCAAUGCACUUGGAAAUUGUAUUCUGGACAAAGACUAUCUGAGGUCACUAAAUAAGCUUCCACGCCAGUUACCUCUUGAAGUGGAUUUAACUAAUGCAAAGAGACAAGAUUUUGAACCAUAUGUGGAACAAGCAAGAUACAGCAGCUGCCGACAGAACAUGGCUCUGGGACCCCCAAAACCACAGGAGAUGACCUCCCCCUGCCGACCAAGCCACUCAGAUGGUCCCCAUGUUGUGAUACAGGGAGACAAGGACAGCAGCUCCCGAAGCCUGGCGUCCUCUGCUGUGGGGAGGGAUGCCACCUACCAGCGGAAGCUCCGGCAAAAGCAGUUGCAGCAGCAGUUCCGGGAACAAAUGGAGAAACAGCAGCAAGUUCAACUCUCAGCUCCAUCCACUGAAAAGAAGAAUCAGGAGCUGCCUGCACCUUCUUUGAAGGACAGCACUUCCAUGGCACAGGGUGCAGAACCACUCUUUGAGAGCGACUUCCCUGAAGACAGUUUUGAAAUAUGGGCUAUGGCUCCAGAUGCAGGGGACAGUGUUGCCAAGCCCUUGUCUACACCAGAGCCCCAGCAGACUGCCGCCAUGCCAGUCCUGAAAAGCCAGAUGGUGACCCAGAACAGGACCCCACAAAGCCUUUGCCACCAGAACCCACAAGCAAAAUCUGAACCUUGGCACCUCCAAACUGCCAAUGUUAACGUGACAGGCAACUGUGAUUCCUACAGGAAGAACCCAGACACGAAAAAAAGGAAAUUGGAUCCAUCUUAAAGAGCUCAGGUUACAUCACUGGACUGUCACAGAGGGACAUUAGAGAACUGCUUUUUGGCCAUGAAAUUAUUCAUCAUUCCUAGGGAAUGAGCUUUACUGCCAAGAAUUUACUUGCUUCAUUCUGAGCUUUCUCAAAGGAUUUGACUAUUGGAGCCUACUGCAGGUAAAACUGAGCAGUUGGAAAACAAGUCCUUUAAAAAAGCUUACCACACACUGCAGAAGGCUUUGGGGGGAGAUUAAAAACCUUUUGAGUUUUUGAGGCUCUUUAUUAUUUAUUGCUAACUAUUGUUAAUAAAUGUGUAACUUUACGGAAUCACCAGUGGCUACAAGUAAUGUAAGCACUGGCUUUUUUAAAAAAUUUUAUUUGUUCACUUUUUUUUUCCCCACUACCAGUUAUUCAUUCCCCAAAUCCUCUUUUAAACAACCACCUGCAUUAAUUAUUGUUGAGUGAUCUCUGUCUUCUUUUGCGUUAGGGCACCAAGUUCUAACGUUGUCCAUGUGAGGGCUGUGCCACGUUCAGGACAAAGCCCACAGUGGGGUUUUACUACUGUGCAUCAACCCAGGCUACUAUCCCCUUCUAUGACAACCUCUUGUUUAAUUAAGGAAACAAUGACCUGAGGCCAAAGAAGACACAUUUCAAGAGCGCAAAAUAAACCCUUUACUUCAUAAC